GCUCCAUCUGCCUACAAGUCCAGACAGAGGGCACUCAUUACCCGUCAGGCACUUUGCCCGUGUUUUAAAGCAAGAUGGCAGCUGUUGUUGAGAAUGUUGUCAAACUAUUGGGAGAGCAGUACUACAGAGAUGCGCUGGAGCAGUGUCACAACUACAACGCCCGGCUGUGUGCUGAGAGGAGCGUCCGUAUGCCGUUCCUGGACUCUCAGACCGGCGUGGCUCAGAGCAACUGCUACAUCUGGAUGGAGAAGAGACACAGGGGACCAGGCAUGGCCCCAGGGCAGCUGUACACGUAUCCGGCCAGGAGGUGGAGGAAGAAACGGAGAUCUCAUCCUCCAGAGGACCCGCGGCUCAUCUUCCCUCCUGUCAAGUCAGAGCUGGAUUUAGGACUGAAGAAGGACGCCCUGCUGUCGUCGGACGGCAGCAGCUUGGAGGCCCUGCUGAAGGGGGAACCCGUGGACAAACGGACAGCCGCGGAGGUGCGGGGAUCAGAGGAGGACUCCAAUCAGAGCGAUUACACCGCAAGCCUGAACCCGGCGACCCGGAUUAGAAAGAGAAUCCUCGAGCCAGAUGACUUCCUGGAUGACCUGGAUGACGAAGACUAUGAGGAAGACACGCCUAAAAGAAGAGGCAAAGGGAAAGGGAAGGGACGAGGGGUGGGCAGCGGCAGGAAGAAGCUGGACACAGCAGCGCUGGAGGACAGAGACAAGCCCUACGCCUGUGACAACACUAUCAAACAAAAGCACAUUUCAAAACCUUCUGAAAGAGUCUGUGGGAAGCGCUACAAGAACCGUCCAGGCCUGAGCUACCACUACGCCCACUCCCACCUGGCAGAGGAGGAGGGCGAGGAGAAGGACGACAUGGAAAUCAACGAGCCGGCCCUACCGCUGCCCGACGAGCCCAAAACACCGAAAAAAGGCCCAGAUGGUCUCGCGUUGCCUAAUAAUUACUGUGAUUUCUGCCUGGGAGACUCCAAAACCAACCAUAAGACGGGCCAAUCAGAAGAGCUGGUUUCCUGCUCCGACUGUGGGCGCUCAGGCCACCCGUCCUGCCUGCAGUUUACCCCCGUCAUGAUGGCUGCUGUCAAGACGUAUCGCUGGCAGUGCAUAGAGUGCAAGUGCUGCAACAUGUGUGGCACCUCUGAAAACGAUGAUCAGCUUCUCUUCUGUGACGACUGCGACAGAGGCUACCACAUGUACUGUCUCAACCCGCCGAUGUCUGAACCCCCGGAAGGGAGCUGGAGCUGUCAUUUAUGUCUGGACCUUUUGAAAGACAAGGCCUCCAUAUACCAGAAUCAGAACGCAGCGACGUCGUGAUGGCUGCUCCGGCCCGCUCUCCGUCAUCACCCCACCCUGAAGGCACACGGCAAACCCCCCCCCCCCCUCGUCGGCUGUCACCGCGGGGAGCGUGUUCGGGGGAAAGGGAAGUACGCCUGACCAGACUGGCCUCGGUUAGCAUCAGAUAUGACUGUUACACAGUUCCAGCCUCAGAUCCGGUCUACUGGCUUCUCCUUUUCAUCCACAUAGAUACUUUGGCAUCACUCACUUCAGAGACGCAUCCUAAAACAGCCAAAACCUUUGACUUUGUGUUCAGCUUUUAUACCUAAAGUUGCUAAAGCUUCGUCUCUGUCCUGUAAUGUACUGAUUUUAUGGAGUUCAAAAGGCUUGAUCAUAGUGAAAACAAAUGCAUUUUAUAAUAUUUAUAUAUUUCUAUGGUAAAGAUUUAUGUAUUAUGUAAAGCAUUGGGGGCAAAAAAAGGAAUGAUUGUGUUUAACGUUAGUACCUAUCUUGUCCACAACCACAUGAUUUUUUAUUUUUUUAUUUUUUUUGUGGCGCUGCUGAAAUUUCGUGAUCCGCUUGACAAGGUCAAAGGGAUUUCCGGAGACGGUCGGACAUCUUUACAGCCAAACCCAGGAAGCAGGGCGUAUAAAUAGAAGCCCUCUUAUGUUUACCGCCGUGGCUCCAAAGGCCGCGCCACUUCAAAGAUGGCAGGUUAGGCUUUUAUCUCCCAGUCAAUCUCGCCGUGGUGUUGGCUUAUUGAGCUGCGCUCGUAGUCAUGGUGACGCUUCAUUCGCCAUCCAGCGAACACACUCUAGUCAGGUUUUUGUCACGUAACGAAUGAGAAAUCAUUUCAAACCUUUUUUUUUCCACCUAUUUUUGUGACGUGUAUUUGGUACCGUUUCAAUAAACAACUAAAGUUUGUUUAGGGGGGGGGUGAAUAUGCAUAACCUGUCUGCAUAAACGUGAGCACCCUUACUCAAAUACCGCGUUGAAGCACCUUUUGAUCCAGUUUUAACCUUAAGUCUCGUUGGGCUCUCGUAAAUCUCAUUCUACAACGUCAGUAAGGUUCUCUGUAAGGAGACGGGUUCCAAACUAGAAGUCCACAGCAUUAUGUGGACAAUAUGGGACGGUGAGAACGCUCGUCAUUAAUUUGGAAAUGAUAUGAGAGAGCAGAGCCAUCACAACAACUGGGCGUCGGUCCAGAACCGAUGAGACGAUGGUAGGAAACGAUCAGGGAGGCUGCGGAGCGGGGCGACUGCAACAGCGUAGGAGCUGCUGGUAAUUCUGAUGUUACACAUUUGAAGCGUGUCCCGCAUUAUCCGUACGUCUGGGCUGAGGACGUUUCCUAAUAAAACAACCCACCCGUCCAGAAUGGUCUAAAACCACACGGGGCAAUAUGUUCUGGUCUGAUGAAACGGGAAGUACACUUUUGGGUCGUAUUCCCCCAACGAAGAUCGCAGAGCAGCGAUGAAACGCCAUAGCCAUGGAGGAACGUGGGGGCAGGAUAAUAAUCUGAAGUUGCUUUUAUUCAGAUGCAACUGAGGAUUUUGGUGUGGUGGAUGAAAUGAUCAAUGUCUAAAAAUCCUAGUCAGUCUUCACCCCCCCAAACCUCCUGCUGUUUGCUUCGAGAGCUGAAAAUGAAUGCCUGAAGAAGAGCCAUGGACGAGGGACAUCCCACUGAUCUCUAUUAUACAAUGGAGUGCUAAUCGCCCGCUGUUAGAACGAGUCUCUGUGAAGCCACCA